GUAUGUGCACUCGAUUAAACACAGUAGGGCCACAGUGAGUGAAGAUGGCGAUGAGGACAGCGCUGCGGUGCCUCUCUGCAAACUUUUCGUCCAGACUGCCUCAGCUCUCGUCAGCAGCGCAGCUCUCUGCGACUCGGCUGCUGUGGAGGAGCGGCUCUCCUCGGACUCUGAGCACCACCUCGGCCCUGUCCACAGCCCUAAAGUUCACAGAUAAGCAUGAGUGGGUGCGAGUGGAGGGCAAGAUUGGCACUGUCGGCAUCAGCAGUUAUGCUCAGGAAGCAUUAGGUGACGUGGUAUACUGUGGACUCCCUGAAGUUGGCCAAAGCCUUGAACAAAUGGAGGAGUUUGGUGCCUUGGAAAGUGUAAAGGCUGCCAGUGAGCUAUACUCACCGCUGACGGGAGAAGUGACCGAAAUCAACACAGAGCUGGCAGAAAAUCCCGGCCUUGUGAAUAAAAAAUGCUAUGCAGAGGGGUGGCUAAUCAAGAUGACCAUUGAAAAACCAGAAGAACUGGAUGGCCUCAUGGACCAAGCUGCGUAUGAUAAAUUUAUCAAGUCACUUGAAGAAUAAACAGUGAAACCGACUGUGAUGCUGACUGUAAUGUAAUUAUGAUCAAAGACUUAUAGGCAGGGUUACUAACAUCUUGUGUGACACUUUUCUUCAUCUGUGGUAUUUAUUUUGAUACUGGAAAUGUGCUAUCAAAAUAAUUUCAAAUACUCUCUAACAGCUUCCUCUUGGACGGUUAGGAUUUGUUUAGUCGCUAGAAAAUCUGAAGGGCUCUUAACCUCAAGAUCUGUCAGUAUUAUUGGGUCUUAUUCCCGGUGUUUUGCUUCAUUUUUAAAUGUGCACAGAUGUGGUGAAAUGCUAUAAAGUGCUGUCAGAUUGAUUUAAUAAAAUGCGAUCUUUAAGUUUGAGUUGA